AUGGGCACCACUGAUGAAGGAUGCAAAAGUCUCUACGUGGGUAACCUUGAUCCGAGGGUAACUGAUAACAUGCUUCAUGAGAUCUUUGGCGUAGCAGGAUCAGUAAACAAUACGAAAAUUAUUCCUGAUAAAAAUUAUCAACAUGGAGGUUUAAACUACGGAUUUGUUGAAUUUAAUGACCAUCGUUCUGCUGAACAGGCUCUUUCGACUCUUAACGGUCGAAAAAUAUACAACAUGGAAAUCAAAGUGAAUUGGGCUUUCCAAGGACAACAAGGUCAUAAAGAAGAUACAUCAAAUCAUUACCACAUCUUUGUUGGUGAUUUGAGUCCUGAAGUUAACGAUGAAGUGCUUGCCAAAGCUUUUAGUGCAUUUGGAAGCAUGUCAGAUGCUCGUGUCAUGUGGGACGUUAACUCCGGCAAAUCCCGAGGAUAUGGAUUUGUAGCUUUCCGUGAUAAAACCGACGCUGAACAAGCUAUCGCAACAAUGAAUGGCGAAUGGCUUGGAAGUCGUGCAAUCCGAUGCAACUGGGCCAACCAAAAAGGUCAACCGGGUCCUGGGACAGGAAACUCUACGCAAGCGCCACAAUUAUCGUACGAAAUCGUUGUUGCGCAAACUCCUCACUACAAUAGUACAGUAUACGUUGGUAAUUUAACGCCUUCUACUACACAGGAACAUUUGAUGCCAUAUUUCCAGCAAUUCGGAUAUAUUAUUGAGGUUCGCAUGCAAGCAGAUCGUGGCUUCGCAUUCGUAAAACUAGAUACACACGAAAACGCGGCCAGUGCAAUUGUAAAUCUCCAAAAUACAAAUAUCAACGGUAGAAUCAUUAAGUGCUCCUGGGGAAAAGAUAGAGCUCCGGAACAGUCAACUGCUGCUACCUAUCAUACUUAUAACGUGCCAGGUACAGCUUACAAUUAUAGUCCAUAUGGGUAUUAUGGCAAUCACGCAGCUCAUCAUUAUGCAACACCAGAAACUGGUUAUGAUCUUCCACCUGGUAUGUCUGCUCCACCACAAUCUCUAGCAUCUAUUGAUGGAGCAACUGCUGCAGCAGUAGCUGCAGGUCAACAUGCCACUGCCGGUUGGGAGCAAUAUUACAAUAAUGGAACUUAUGAUGCAUACGGACAAUAUUAUUACGGUUAUGGUACUCAAGCCGCCGGCACAGGAGCUCCUGGCGCUCCGGGAAUGGCGACACCAACUUCCCCACACACGGUUCCUGGCGGCCAUCCGCCUUCGGUAGGACCAUCAGGUGGAAGUGCUUAUAAUAGUAAUUAA